CACUGCGCAUGCGCGGCUCAGGGAGCGUGCAGCGCUGCGAUCACCGAUCACGGAAAGAGCCGAAGAUGUCGGCUCGGUCAUGUGAUCAGCUGUGUCCAAUCACAGCUGAUCACAUGGCACUGAUGAUCAGUGUGCCCUGAUGAUCAGUGUAGCCCCAGCAGUGCCACCUGUCAGUGUCCAUCAGUGCCUUAUGUCAGUGCUGAUCAGUGCCUCGUGCCAGUGCCCAUCAGUCCAAUAUCAGUGCCUACCAGUGCACAUCAAUGCCACAUAUCAGUGCCCAUCUGAGCUGCCUUUCAGUGUCACCCAUCAGUGCCACCUACCAGUGCCUCCUCAUCAGUGCCCAUUAGUGCCACCUAUCAGUGUCCAUCAG